ACAGCUGAACUGGUCGAACCGUGGUCGCCUUGUUUAAGCUCCUCGCCCCCGCCCGACCAAACUUCCAUCUCUCCUUAGCAGUCGUUAGCAAUUUCCAGCUGUUACGUCUUAUCCACUCUGACACAGCCCGUUAACAAUAAGCUGGUUUGAUUCGCCCCCGCGACCCUGCCAAAAUGAUGAACAAGAACUGGAACGACCGGGCCGAUAAGGACCUCUUCUUCACCAUAUUGUCGGUCAAGAAUAUUGGCGUCAUCAGCGGCACAGAAUGGGUCACGAUUGGCAACCACAUGCGGUCGUUGGGCUAUGGCUUCACCAAUGAAGGCUGCCGCCAACACUUUCAAGGCCUCCGUCGCGCCCAGGCCAAAGCAGAGAAUGGCGUUGCCGGAGAUAACCCGAGGAAGAUUGAUCCCACGCUAAACCCCAUCACGCGACGACCUGGGCCGGGCAGAGGACGACCGCGGAAGCAACCUGCCGCUGAUGCUGCUGCUUCAGUACCACCUGCCGCACCGGCCUCCGGGGUCCAUCCAGGAGGAACAGCGGCAGGCGGUGCUCCUCCUGGCGCGCCCGGGACUCCUUCUGGGGCUCCUGCGCUUGUGCCUGGAACUACUCCCAUCCAGAACAUGAGCCACGGGCUCCCCGUCCACGCCCAAUUUACCGGCCUCCCUGGUGUUUCCCCUGCGCCUCCCACGCCUGCCUCCACGGUCCCCGGACCAUCAGGCACACCUGCCAUGGCGAAUGCUCCUGAUUCACAGGGACUGCCCCAAGGCCAAGGUCAAGCUCAACCGCCCCCGCCUCAAACGAACCCAGGAGUUGCUCCACAGGCUCAAAUGGCUGCUCAUGAGGAACUCGCUGUUGACCCCAGCUUGGGCGGAGAGCCGGAAGAGGAGCACGCGGCAAAGCGGCAGAGGCUCGACGACAGCCAGGAACCCACGCUUGAGGACGAAGCAGUGCUUAAUGCCCUUGCCAGUCACAACAACCCAACAACGCCAGGCGAAUACACGACCGAGUAUUCAUAUGGCGAUGCUUGACCUCCUACUCGUUCUGAUUUGAUGGUACUUUUUUUUGUCCCUGGGCUGCAAUCUCUUCUCGAGAGGAGGAUGCUCGGGGUUGUCUUCUGGUGUUCGGCAAUUGACGAG